UGCUGGGCGGGGUCUGGGGCGCGGAGCCGCGCCUGGUGGGCGGGGUUUGGGGUGGUGCCGACCAAUCAGUAUCGAGGGGCGGGGCCUGGGCGAAGGUAACAGGUUGCGGUGGCUGCGGCGGGAGCGGGCGGUCUUCCCCGGCUCCCGGAAUUCCCAUCGGGAUCGUUCCCAGCCCCGCCCCGGCCCCGCUGCCCUUUGGCCACCGGGAAAAAUUCCUGAUUUUCCACCCGCGCCGCUCCCCGCUCAGCCCGAGUCCGGCCAUGGCGGAGCAGCCGCUGGACCACGGCGUCCAGAUCCGCUUCAUCAGCGACCUCCGCGAGCCGCGGCGCCCCCCGCGCCCGGCCCGCGGCCGCGGCGGCUCGUACGGCGUGGCCGUGCGGGUGCAGGGCAUCGCCGGGCAGCCCUUCGUGGUGCUCAACAGCGGCCAGCGCGGCGGCGACAGCUUCGGCGUGCAGAUCAAGGGGGGACAGCCCGCGACGCCCCCCGACGCCCCCCGCGCCCGGGCCCCCGAGGAGGAGGAGGAGGAGGAGGAGGAGGGGGAUGUUUGGGAUGGGGGGACGCGCGGGUUGGCGGAGCAGGGAGGGCCAGGGGGGUCCCGGGGGGUCCCGAAAGUUUGGGAGAAGGAGCAGGGGGUGCACAGGGUUUCGGAGCAGGAAGGGUCAGGGCCGUCCCGGGGGAUCCCCGGGUUUUUAGGUGAGGAAGGCUCAGGGGGGUCCCGGGGCAUCCCCAGAUCCUGGGAUGAGGAGCUAAGGAGGGGCCCCAAAUCCUCGGAUCGGGAAAUUCCGGGGGGAUCCCGCGGGGCCCCAAAAUCCUGGGAUGAGGAAAGUUCGGGGCGGUCCCGGGGGAUGCCGAAAUCCUCGGACGAGGAGCCGGGAAGAUGCCGGGACGCCCCAAAACACUCGGAUCAGCACCUGAAAACCCCCAAAUCCUCGGAGGAGCUGCGCCGAUCCCAAUCGCACGGGGACCUCAGCGCGCCUUUUCCCAAAAGCGGCGAAAAAUUGGGAAAAAAGGAGGGGGAAAUUCCCAGAAUUGCCGGGGACGUGGACACGGAGCCGCUGCGCUCCGUGGAUUCCCUGAUCACCAAAUUCGACGGGAAUUUGCCCCGCGGGCGAGCAGCGCGGAGGUUCCGCGGCCCCGGGGCGGCUCCCAGGAAGCGCUCGCAGAGUUUGGAUGCGCGGAAUUCCCGGGAAUCCGCCGCCAUCCCGCCCCAAAUCCCCCAAAUCCCCCGCGGCUUUGGGGGCGUGGAGGAGCAGAGCGUGGAGAUGCAGCUGAAAUCCACCCCGGACCUGCUGCGGGAUCAGCGGGAAUUGGGGGGCUGUGAAAACCCCACUGAGCUCAUCUACAGCAUCCUAAAGGAGGGGAGCUCCGAGAGCGAAAUUUCCCUGAAAAGGAAAACCUCGAGGCUGCUGGGGAAAUUCCAGGAGCUGGCGAGUUCCGUGGGGGCUCCGGACUCGCCCCAGUCCCAAAUCCUGCGGGAGGCCCUGGACAGGAAAUCCCAGGAGCUGCAGCGGAGCCAGGCCCAGCUGAGCGAGCUGAGAGCCGCCAAGGAGGCGCUGGAGGCGCGGCUGGGCCACCUCGAGGGGCAGCUGCUGGCCACCGACCCCAAAAACGACCCCAAAAGUGACCCCGACACAGAGGGCCUCUACCAGGAGCUGCAGGAGUGCCGGGAGCAGCUGCAGGAGGUUUUGGGGUCGCGGCGGCGCCAGGAGCGGGAGCUGCAGGCGCUCAAGGGGGCCCUGAAGGCCGAGGUGGCCGCGCACGAUUCCGACCUGGAGCGGCUCCGGGGGGAGAUGGAGACGAUCCGGGGGGAGACGGAGCGGGUGGCGGAGGAGAAAUCCAGCCUGGAGCAGGAGCGGGAAAAUUUGGGAAUGCAGCUGCGGAACCUGCGUCGGGAGCUGGAGGAGAGCGCGGAGGAGACGGAGCAGUGGCGGGAAAUGUUCCAGAAAAACAAGGAAGAGCUGCGGAAUUCCAAGCAGGAGCUGCUGCAGGCGCGGCUGGAGCGGGAGGAGUUGGAGGAGGAGCUCCGGGAGCUCCGGGAGCGGCUCCAGGCGGCGCGGGAGGAUCGGGAUCGAGCCCGGACCGACCCCCAGGAGCUGGAAAAGCUCCGGAAGGUGCGAGAAAUCCGUGAAAUUUUACCCCAAAAUUUGGGAUCUUUUCCCCAAAAUUCAGGAUUUCCCCCCCCCAAAUUUGGGAAUUUCUUUUUGACAAAAUUUGGGAUUCCCCCCCCCCCAAAGAUUUGGGAUUUUUACCCAAAAAUCUAUUUUUUUUUUUCCCCAAAAAUUUGGGAUUCUUCCCAGGAGCUGGAGCAGGCCCGGAAGGAUCUGGAAAAGCUCCAGAGAGAGCGAGAUGAGGCUGCUCAGGCCCAGAUUUCCCUGGAAUCUGCGCUGGAGGCGUCGGAGGAGGCACGGAAAGUUCUGGAAUCGCAGCUGGAGGAGUCCAAGGAACAGCAGGAGAACUGGGAACAGCUCCGGGAGAAAGUGGCCAAAUUGGAGGCGGAGCGCGCGGCCCUGGCCGAGUCUCUGGGAUCGGGCGCGGAGCGGGAGCGGGCGCUGGAGUCGCGCCUGGAGCGAUCCCAACGGGAGCUGCGGGAUUUGGGAUCGGCGCUGGGCGAGGAGCGGCGCCGGCGCGAGCGGCUCAGCCAGGAGCUGGAGCAGAUGACGGCAGAAUCCCAGAGCUCCCUGGCCUCGCUCCGAUCCCAGCUGGAAGAAUUCCAGGAAAAAUCCCGCCGGGAACUCACGGAUUCCCAAAAAAUCGCCCAAGACCGCGAGGCCGAGGCGGAAAAAUUCCAACAGAACCUCGGGAAGCUCCAGGACGAGGUUUCCCGGCUGAAGGAGACGAUCCAGGAAAACCGGGAAGAGCAGGAUCGGAUCCUGCUGGACAAGGAGCUGCUGCUCCAGAGGCUCCAGGAGCUGGAGCAGGAGCUGGAAAAUCGGAAGCGAUCCCAGGAAGAGCGAGCCCGGCAUUCCAAGGCGCUGGAGGAAAAAUCCAAACGUUUGGAAUUGGAGCUGGAUGAGGAGCGGAGCUCGGUGGAGCUGCUGAGCGAGAGGGUGACCCGGAGCCGGGAUCAGAUCGAGCAGCUGCGGGCAGAGCUGCUCCAGGAACGUUCGAGCCGCCAGGACCUGGAAUGUGACAAAUCCUCCCUGGAGCGCCAGAACAAGGAGCUGAAGAACCGGCUGGCCGCUUCUGAGGGGCAGCAGCGACCCGGGAACAGCCGGAAUUCCCAGCUGGAAUCGCAGCUGGAAGAGCUCCGGGAGCAGCUCCAGGCCGAGGAGAGGGAGAAGAGCGUCCUGCUCUCGUCCAACCGGAAGCUGGAGAGGAAAAUCAAGGAAUUGUCGCUGCAGCUGGAUGAGGAGCGGCAGAGCAGCAGCAACCACAGGGACCAGCUGAGCCUGCGGGUAAAGGCCCUGAAGCGCCAGGUGGACGAAUCCGAGGAGGAAAUCGAGCGCUUGGAAAACGCCCGGAAAAAAUCCCAGCGGGAGCUGGAGGAGCAGCAGGAGCUCAACGAGCAGCUCCAGCGGCGCCUGAAAUCCAUGGAAAAGGAGGCCUGGCGCCGCGCCGUGGACGAGCGGCUGAGCUCGGAUGAGGAGUUCGGAUCCGCGGCCAUCGCCUCCCUCCUGAGCGAGGCCAACCUGCAGGCCAGCUCCUGCUGAGCCAGGAACGCCGGGAGUGCCAGGAACGCCGGGAAUGCCAGGAACGCCGGGAAUGCCAGGAACGCCGGGAAUGCUAGGAAUGCCGGGAAUGCCAGGAACGCCGGGAGUGCUGCCAUCAUCAUCAGUGGGAUCGGUCCCAGGAUCGGUUCCAGGAUUGGUCCCAACCUGGGACUGGUUCCAGGGCCAUCCCUGGGAUCAGCCCCCUCCCGCAGAUUCCUGGGAAUUCUGGAGCUGGGAUUGAGUCUGGGAUCAGCCCCAGGAUCGGCUCUGGGAUCGGCCCCGGAAUUCCAGCUGGGAUCAGUCCCAGAAUUCCAGCCGGGAUCAGUCCCAGAAUUCCAGCCGGGAUCAGGCCCAGAAUUCCAGCUGGGAUCAGCCCUGGAAUUCCAGCUGGGAUCAGCCCUGGAAUUCCAGCUGGGAUCAGUCCCGGAAUUCCAGCCGGGAUCAGUCUCAGAAUUCCAGCUGGGAUCAGCCCCGGGCUGCUGCUGCUCCAUAGGAAAAAUUCCCAAAGCGAGGAUAUGAAGGAAAAUCAGCCGGGACCCUGUGGGAAUCCAGGGAUUUCCAGGGAUUUCCCAGCUCCUGAGGACACUUCGGGGGAAUCUCGGGGUUUCCCAGUUCCAGGAAUUUUUAUUCCCACACCUGCUCCCAAAAAUGUUUGGAAUAAAAUCCUGCGGUUUA